GAACCAUAGCUUAGAAAGAAAGAAAAAAUGGAGAUUUUGCUCUGUUUCUUAAUGGUUUCGCUUCUUACUCUUGUAUCAUCCAUCUUUCUUAAGAAGUUUAAAAACUCAAAAUUUAAUCUUCCUCCAAGCCCUUCAAGUCUUCCCAUCAUUGGGAACUUGCAUCAUCUCUCAGGAUUGCCUCACAGAUGUUUUCAUAACCUCUCACUCAGAUACGGACCAGUGAUGCUUCUACGUCUCGGCUUUGUUCCAGUGGUUGUCAUCUCAUCGAGUGAAGCAGCGGAAGCGGUUCUCAAAACUCACGACUUGGAAUGUUGCAGUCGACCAAAGACGGUCGGGACAGGAAAACUCUCUUACGGCUUUAAAGACAUCUCAUUCUCGCCAUACGGUGCUUACUGGCGUGAAAUGCGAAAAAUCGCGGUUAUCGAGCUUUUAAGCCUUAAGAAGGUUCAGUCAUUUAGGUAUAUAAGAGAGGAAGAGGUAGAUUACGUGGUGAAGAAGGUAACCGAAUCUGCUUUGACACAAUCUCCUGUAGAUUUGAGCAAAACCUUCUUUUCACUCACCGCGGCGAGCAUCAUUUGUAGAGUAGCUUUAGGACAGAACUUCCACGUGGACGGCUUCGUUAUCGAUCAAGAAAGGAUUGAAGAGCUUGUAACCGAGGCAGCGGUAGCUCUAGGGACUUUCACUUUCUCUGACUUCUUCCCUGGUGGGGUUGGAAGAUUCUUAGACUGGUUUUUGCGAAGAAACAAGAAGAUCAACAGAGCCUUUAAAGAGCUUGAUGCUUUUUACCAGCAUGUGAUUGAUGAUCACUUGAAGCCAGAAGGACGGAAAAAUAAGGAUAUUGUUUCCUUGUUGUUAGAUAUGAUUGAUAAAGAGGAUGCAGAUUCAUUCAAGCCUAGUAUGGAUAAUCUCAAGGCAAUCGUCAUGGAUGUGUUUCUUGCGGGGAUAGAUACAAGCUCUAUAACAAUGAUUUGGGCGAUGACAGAACUCGUUAGAAACCCAAGAGUGUUGAAGAAAGCUCAAGAGAAUAUUCGAACCACCUUGGGAGCCAAAAGGGAAAGAAUCAAUGAAGAUGAUCUAGGCAAAGUUGAAUACUUGAAUCUCAUUAUCAAGGAAACAUUCAGAUUACAUCCACCACUUCCGUUUAUAGUACCAAGAGAAACAAUGUCUCACAUCAAGAUCAACGGCUAUGAUAUUCCCCCGAAGACGCAAAUCCAAGUUAAUGUAUGGACAAUAGGACGUGACCCCAAGCGUUGGACCGACCCUGAAGAUUUCAUCCCUGAACGGUUUGCUAAUAGUUCUGUAGAUUUCAGAGGACAACAUUUUGAGCUAUUACCAUUUGGUUCUGGUCGAAGGAUGUGUCCGGCGAUGCCAAUGGGGGCUGCUACUGUUGAGCUAGGAUUGAUGAAUUUGCUUUACUUUUUCGAUUGGGGAUUGCCUGAUGGGAUGAAAAUUGGAGACAUUGAUAUGGAAGAAUAUGGUACUCUCUCCAUUGUCAAGAAAGUACCUCUUCAACUUGUACCCCUUCGACGUUAUGGAUGUGGAGUCCAGAAAGUUUAAUACCAUGGAAAGAUCACGAACAUGAAAGGUAAGAUUCUACGGAUAUUGUUGUAUUUAUGUAAGAAUUGAUGUUUGAAAGAUACUAUAUCAAGAAAUAAUAAAAGUUUAUUCGUUUCUAAAGAAAG